CCAUGGAAACAGCUGGUAGCAGAAGCAGACAACAAUAUUUUUAUUAUCAUUUUCUUUCUAAAUUUGGUUGCCUUAUAUUAGAAUAAUAAAAGUGUCCUUCUGAAUUUGAUAUUUAUAUCACAAUGGUGAUGUGGAUUAAGAGUAAUGGCAAAUCUCAUUCAUUUGCUCCAAGACUUUAAUCCAGGGAAAUUUGUUGCAUAUCUAAGUCUUCUGAUAUUUGUUGCCUUACUUUCUCUGCGUCUUGAUGGAGUAUUGAAAACUGAUUACUGGGGUAUUUUUUCCCCAUUAUGGAUUAUGCAUGGAUUUGUUCUUUUUGGAGCUGGAAUAGGCACAAUUGCAUGGUGGAAGCAUCCUUCAAGCCAUGUGGAUCCUGAAUCUUACAUUCAGUUUAAAUCUAUGCUUGUUUCAUCAAGCCUUCACCUGCUCUUAGCCUUUUUUGAAAUUUUAGCCUGUGACAAACUCCAAACUUCAAGACACAUAUGGGUUUUGGUUUUUCUUCCAAUGUUGUUUUUAUCAAUUGUUUGCAUUGCAGUUUCAAUUUGGGCCCUGAAACAUGAGCGACCUUUUGAGGUGGAACUUUUUCUAGCUCUAAAUUUGCUUCAGUUGAUAUUCAUUCCACUAAAAUUGGAUGGCUUUAUCACAUGGCGAUGGGAAUUGGUUUUUAUACCCAUUUGGAUCAUUUAUGGAGCUGCGGUUAUUGGUGUCUCAUAUUCCAUACUAUUAGCAGCUUUAUUCUCUCGGUCGGUUAACAUCACCAACGACCAAAGACGAGCUUCUACCCAGGCUGCGUCAAGUUACGUUUUGUUGGUGAUCCCUAGCCUGAUUUCAGUGAUAUUGCUGGCUAAAAAAUUAGAUGGAGAUCUUCAGAUGCCAUAUUCUCUUGUCAACAUACCACUUCUGAUCGCCUUAACAUCCCUUGUUUUGCGAUCGUUCACGGCAAGAGGAGGAAACCUAUGGUGGUGUGGGAUGCGGAAAGAUUUUUGUUUAUUCAUCUUAGAUUUGUUCCCGAUGUUAAGAGAGUAUGGAAAUGUUUCUUAUGAUUACCAAUCAACAGAGCAGAGGUCUCUGGAGUCCAACGAUAUUCCGGAAGUAACCGUUUUGUCGCCUAACCACAAUCCACUCAGUUCGGUUUGGCCGAAGAUUAAGAAUGUUAAAAAUGUCGAUUCUCGGACUGUUGUGCCUAUCCUAAUAAUUGAUUUACCUGAUUAAGCUGUUUUGUGCGACGAACAUUUUGAUGUUGAAAUCAUCCUUAUUACGUUUAUAUUUAUAGUUUUCUCUAUUCUAAAGGAAACGAAUCAUUAUUGUUAACUUGCUCAGAAUGUGUAAAUAUGGUACCUAUUUUGUUUCGUUCAGUCUAAUAGUAACAUUUAAGUUAAAUCUAA